GGGGCUCUUUGGGCCGCUGUGGACGGCGGGUAGGUUCGAGGGGCUGGCGGGCCGGAGUCCUGGGUCCAGGCCGGGAUCUGACCAUGGUUGGUGUUCCCCUGACCCCGCAGCGCGGCCGGUUCUGUCCUCGCCAUGAGGCCGCAGCAGGCGCCGGUGUGCGGGAAGGUGUUCAUUCAGCGGGACUACAGCAGUGGCACACGCUGCCAGUUCCAGACCAAGUUCCCCGCGGAGCUGGAGAACCGGAUUGAUAGGCAGCAGUUUGAAGAAACAGUUCGAACUCUAAAUAACCUUUAUGCAGAAGCUGAGAAGCUUGGGGGCCAAUCCUAUCUUGAAGGCUGUCUGGCUUGUUUAACAGCGUACACCAUCUUCUUAUGCAUGGAAACGCAUUAUGAGAAGGUUCUGAAGAAAGUCUCCAAAUACAUUCAAGAGCAGAAUGAGAAGAUCUACGCUCCCCAAGGCCUCCUCCUGACAGACCCUAUCGAGAGAGGACUUCGAGUCUUCAGAUUGAAAUCACCAUUUAUGAAGACAGAGGCAUGAGCAGUGGAAGAUAAACCAUGGAAUUAAAGAUCCCGCCUCCAGCUGGGACCCUCAACUAUCCACUGGCUGAUUGCAGAGUGUCCCUACCUCCUCUCCAGAGCAUCAUUCCUUUGUAUCUGCUGCCAGAGCCACGGUGCCAUUUACUCCAAGGACUAACUUUCUAAAUCCCACACCUGGAGUGACCUCUCGUCGCUCAGUGUCCACUCUGUGUCUCCAAAUUGUGCAGGACUCUGUAAUCUUCUGACUAGUUUCUGAGAAAACAUAAUGAAGCAUUUCACUUUUUAUUCAAAGCCAUUUAACAAAAUACACAGUUGGUCAGCCCUGCCCAAUACAAAGUUUAUUUCCUGUCUGCCACAGGAUGUACCGCUGGUUCUCUUCAUUCUCUGGGCCAGCUUCUCAGGUGGCUUUGGACUAGAUCACAUCAUAGCUUAGCCAGUGUUCAGUCUGAUUCCCCCAGAUUAAUAGGAUGCUUCGUCGAGGGCUUGGCUGUAUCUGUGGUUUUGCAGCUCCCAGAUUUCAAAGAACUACCAGUUUUGCCAUGAUUCAGAUCUUCAGAUCUAUUUCUUCUAUUCAGUUUCUCAAACUGAAGCUCAUUGAAAAAGUAAUGUAUAAUGUUAUUUGUCUUCUUAUAGCGAUCAUUCCUAAUUAAAGCAGUAUUUAAUAUACCUUCCAGUUAUUUUCUUUGGAAAAUUUUAUGUCACUGCAUCACCUUGAAUGUUGGGAAGACGUGGUGUGUGUUGCUCGUUCAUCACAAACAUAAGUAAGCACAAUGACGUGGACGCCAGACCAUCUGACACAAGAACGUCCCUGCUGUGUCCCUGAACGCGUCACAAGCACGUGUAAUAAAUAUUUUAAUUAUAGUUUUGUUAUAAAUAUAACUUAUGAAAAAAGUUUGAUAGGAAUAAUACUGUAUAUUACUAAUUUUUAACUAUCCCUUCUGGCAAACCUCAUAACUGAUAGAAUUUUCUCAUAUACAAUACUCAGUGCACAGAAAUCUUGUGAUUGGGUCAAAUUCAGUAAGUUAAGUUAUUUCUAAGUAAAACUGUCAAGUCUGAGUCAGUAUUUCUAGCUCUUCUUUUGGCUAUUCUUAGGAUCAGGGCUUCUUAUGCCUUUUAUUCUGUGAGGUGUGAGAGCACUGUGUUCAGGAGAAAGCUAAAAAAUACAUUAGGAAAGUGAAACGGUUCAAAGUUUUGCGUUGAGAUUUUGUAGGUGCUAAUACUGGGUUUACUCUUUCAGAUUUAAUUUCUUUUCUGGGUCUGUUAGUUACUUAACAAAUCCCAUACGUUUGUGUAAUAUUUUGUGUAAAAAUUUCUUUUGUUAUUUUACACCCUGUAAUAGUUGUGUCUGUCUGCCUUUUAAACCCGUUGCAAUAACUUUGCUGAAAUACUAACACAUUAGUAAAACUUUUCUUAAACAAA